AUGGAUGAGAAUAUAGCAGAAGACGAUGACCAUGCCAUCGAUUAUAAUCGUCAAUUUAGCAAUAGUACUCCAUUUCCACCGAGAUGUGAGAAUGAAGUUGAUGGUAUUUUGGCAUUGUCAAAAUGUUUCAAAGAACGCUAUGAAGAUUGUCCUUUAUUUUUCGAAGGCUCUCUUCAAAAUGCAUGUAAAGAAGCGUUUAGUUCGAUCCCGAUUCAAGAACGUCGUCCAGUACUUGUUUACAUACACAACGAUGAAAGUGAACUUCGUAAAAAAUUUUGUAAAGAUACAUUUUGUUCAGAAAAGAUAAUCAACUACUUACUUGAAAAUUAUAUUGUUUGGCCUUGGGAUAUAACAUUUCAGUGGAAUAAGAAUAAAUUAAUAAAGUAUUGGGAAGAAACAUUUUCUACUGAGUUCUGGGAUGAGUUUCUCAUUGGAGAAUGGCCAUUGAUGAUUGGAAUCAUGCGACGAUUCGAAUUUAAAACAGACGCAUUCAUCACAGCUAAAUAUCAAUUUAAAUCACUACUCAAAACUGACGAUUUAGUAGGCAAACAGAAACCAGCUAUGUGUGAAAUAGCUUUAAGUGAAUUGAGCCAUUUCAAAAAACUAUGCGAUGAAAACGAACAAGAUCUAUCAUUUGAUUUUUGUGGAACCACUGGCCUUUGUUGGGAUAUUAUUCUUGAAAUAGCCCAAUAUCUUUCAUUAAAUGACACAAUCUCUGUAUUUUCUACUAAUAUUCUUCCUUUAUUCAAUGAUGGUUCGAAAUUUCAAUUAUCAAAUCCUAAUAUUCCAUUUAUUAAAAUGAUUCUUUCAAGAAGCGACCCAACAAAAAUUGUUUCUUUAAAACUUGACGGAGAUCGAAUAUGGUCAGAAAAAGAAUUAACUCUUUUAUCUAGCUUCAAAAAAGUUAUAUCAAUGACUCUUUUAAAUUUAACAUACGACAAAAACAUUUGUCAAUAUGGACAAUAUUUUCCUGAAUUGACUUGUCUGUCUCUCUGCUACGAUAAUGAAAUUAACUUAAGUGCAUUUAGUAGUAUAUUUAAUCAACUUUGGGAAAAAAUUAGACGAUUUGAAAUUCGUUGUGCGGGCACACUCUGCACUCAUUAUGAUUAUGAUAUGUCUCAAUUGGUGAAACUCUACAAAUUUAAUUUCAGUGUGAAAUAUUUUCUAUUUGAUAUUGGCCAAUUUCCAUGGGCUUCGAUGGAUGCUUGUUAUGACAAUGACCCAUCGUGUUGUUUGAAAUCAAUAACUUCUGUGAUAAAAAAAAUGUUUAAUAUUCAAUACCUUCAUUUCAUCAUCAACACAUAUGAUAUUGAGAUAUUUUUGAAUAUAAAUCCAUGGGAAAAUCUCGUAAAUGAUUGUUUUCGAUUGCAGAAUAUUAAAAUUCAAACAUCAGAGAGUAUCGUUCAAAGCGAAGAAUUGAAACGAAAAGUUUGCAAUAUUCAAACGGCUUUGCAUGCUGUAAGACAAACAAUUAAAUUUCAAAUUUGCACUUUGUGA